ACUUCCUCCCACCACAGCAGGCUCCUGUGCCCCCUGCUUACCUCCCCCAGGAUGAAACCGCCCCUUGCCCUGGCCUUCCUUUGCCUCCUGGCAUCCCUGGCUAGCGGGAACCUGGUCCAGUUUGGAGUGAUGAUCGAGAGAAUGACGGGGAAGUCUGCGCUGCAGUACAAUGACUAUGGCUGCUACUGUGGUGUAGGUGGCUCCAACUGGCCAGUGGACCAGACUGAUUGGUGCUGCCACACGCAUGACUGUUGCUAUGGACGUGUGGAGAAGCUGGGCUGUGAGCCCAAGCUGGAAAAGUACCUCUUCGCGAUUGGUCGAGACACCAUCUUCUGUGCUGGUAGAACGACUUGCCAGCGGCAGACCUGCGAAUGUGACAAACGGGCCGCACUCUGCUUCCGCCACAACCUGGGCACGUAUAACCGCAAGUAUGCCCACUACCCCAACAAGCUGUGCACCGGGCCCACCCCACCCUGCUGAGGUCCCCCUCGUCUCCUUAGCCACUCCAGGAUGCCACUGUCACAGGCCUGGAGAAGCUUGGAGCCCAAAUCCUCUCUUGCAAACCCAUCCCUCCUCUCAGAGCCCAAAGGCCCUG